AUGCUUCGGCAUCGAGGUUUCGACUGGUGCAGAGUGCCAACGGUGUCGACCGCUUUGGAUCAGAGCGAGGUUAUUGGCCUCCAGACGCAAGUGCAGCCCGGGGAGGGCCAGGAAACCAAGCGAAGACGAAUGCAGGGGCCCUUCGCUGAAGCCGCGCUGCAGAAAGGCCGCACGCAUGAAGAGAUCUUUGAGCGAAUCCUCGCGCUUUUGAAAGAGGCACCGGAGCCAGAGGACCAGGAUAGUGACGAUAUUGGCGAUGUAUGGCUGGAAACCGCCAGGUCGUUCAGCCAAUACCGGAAGGACUACAAACGGCUUUUUCAGGAUGCAUGGCUCAAGCUGUUGGGGCUGCGCGUACCUUUGCAACAUUGCUCUGGAUUGCUGCAGCUGCUUCCCACGAAGGUGAUCCCCCACAUGGGUCGUCCGCUGAUGGUCGCAGAUUUCUAUCUCCGAGCCUUUCACGCAGGCUCUUUGGAACUUUCAGUCCUUGCUCUUAGUGGCCUUCUUCUACUGCUCACACGCUACGGUUUGGGGGAUCCAGAGACUUUGUCUUCGUCCUGCGGAGAGUUCUACACGCAGCUCUACAGCCUCUUGCAACCAGCAACUUUCCGUUUGAAGCGCCGUGCGCGGUUCCAGAGAUUAGCCGCCGCGGCUCUCACAAGCGCAUUGCUGCCAGGACGCUUCGCUGCUGCCUUUGCAAAGAAAUGUCUGCGCGUUGCUGUCCUUUGCAGUGAGCCUGGUACCAUUAUGUGGCUCCUGGCAGUUGCUUACGGCCUCAUUCAGAGGAACCAUAGCCGAUGCAGCUUCUUGCUUCACCAAACGGAAGAAGGCGCAACAGCUGUGUCGAAGGAUCCUUUCGAGCUAGAUGCAGACCUCCAGAAGGCCAGUGAGCAAGUCGGCCAAAGCUCUCUUUGGGAGAUCCAGAUGCUCUUCCGGCACCAUUUGCCCGCCGUGUCCACAUUAGCCAAGCUCUUCGAGAAGCCCUUCUUCAAGCCUACGGCAAGAAAGCUUGACCCCGAGCUGUUCUUGGAUCAGAGCACAGCGAAGUCGUAUCAACAAGCGCUGAAGGCUGCUGAGCGUCAGCUCUCGAAGCUGAAAGCACGUGGGGCAAAGUGCCCAAUGGCUUUCAAAGUCGAGGAUGACGCAGCAGCUCUUCGUUGUGCUGGCUGGGCUGCUGCACUUUCCACAGGCCAGCGUCGAGUUGGUGCUGGGCUUUAG